AUGGUUUAUUCCCCAGUUUCAACUCAUGGUUUUAUAUAUUUAGGACUUUUAUCCCUUUCCGUAUCGCUAUCAUUAUUAUUUUCCUAUUAUGUAGCCUUUUUUCUUUUUGUUGUUUUAGUUUUUGUAGUUUAUUUCUUUCGUGACCCAAAGAGAACAGUACCAUGUGAUGAUUCAUUAGUUUUGAGCCCAGCAGAUGGAUUAGUAACUUCAGUGGAAUUAGUAAAGUCACCAUUGGGUGAUGGUACAACAUUAACCAGAGUUGCCGUGUUUUUGAAUGUCUUCAAUGUCCACGUAAAUCGUUCACCCGUAACAGGUGUUGUUAAAUCGGUAGAAUAUUUGAAGGGGAAAUUCCUUAACACACUAGAUGAAGAUUCCGUUACUAAAAAUGAGAUGAUUCGUACAGUAUUCAAAUCAACACAUGGGAAUCAUACCUUCAUUGUAGAACAACUCGCUGGCUUAAUAGCAAGAAGAGUCGUCUGUGAUUUGAACCCAGAUAAUACUGUUAAAUUGGGCUCUAGAAUGGGAAUAAUCAAGUUUGGAAGUAGAGUUAAUACGUUUGUUCCAAAGGAAAUGAAAGUUCUCGUAUCAAAAGGACAAAAGGUCAAAGCCGGAGAGACAAUUUUUGCAUACAUGGAUCCUAAUACUAAAGAACCCCUUAAAUAUCGUGUUUGUUAA